UGAUGGUGAGACACGGGGGAUGAAGGCUUAUCAAUAAUUGAUCAGGAUCACCAGAAAUCCCCGCAACGCCCUUGCUACUUCUAUGAUAUAUGCUAUAUUAUAUAACGAUGAUCACACCUGAUCGGUUCGAGCGCUGGCGAUGCGGCAGCUCCUUCUCCUGUCGCGUGAGCGGUUUGGACCACAUUCACGUUGGCUGUGCUUCGUGUUGCAUGCAGUGGUUCUCCAGCUCCCGCUCGGUGACUCGGGGAUGCAGGAGGUUUUUUUUUAGUUUUUUUUUUUUUAUGGAGUUUGCGGCUCAAUCAGGAGACUAGAGCUGUGACGUCAGCCGCGCCGCGGCGAGGCAGAGCAUCGGGCAUCACUCCUCCUCCGUUAGCGGGCUAGCUGGCUAACUCGAGCUAACGUCAGCUAUGGUCCAUCACCAUUAUCGUCUCAUUUCUGAAAAUAAACAACUACUCGGAAUGACCUUACCUAUCGACAACAGACUGGGAGCAAGGGGACUGUUUGCAUUUUAACUCGGAUCGCAAUGGUGCCACGCAGCGAGGUACGAGGUCGAGAGAGGCUCGGUUACCUCCAGGAUGCUAGCUAGCGUGUUUACUGGACCACCGCCGCCGCCGCAUUGAACGAGAUUAGCCUCCUAAAGUGAGGGGCUUGCGUCACUGAUGCCAGGUGCAGGCUGUAGCUGAGAGCACUCAGGAUGAGUGGGGCUGGAGAGCACACUGACAUCCUGUCAGUGGCAGACGUGGUCAGAGACAGAUGGAAAGUGACGAGGAAGAUAGGCGGAGGCGGGUUUGGGGAGAUCUACGAGGUUUUGGAUCAGUUGAGCCAGGCCACUGUCGCCUUAAAGGUGGAGUCUGCUCAACAACCCAAACAGGUGCUGAAGAUGGAGGUGGCUGUGCUGAAGAAGCUUCAGGGCAAAGACCACGUCUGCCGCUUUGUGGGCUGUGGCCGUAAUGAUCGUUUCAACUACGUGGUGAUGGAACUCCAGGGGAGGAAUCUGGCAGAUUUACGUAGAACCAUGGCCCGCGGCAUCUUUUCCGUUUCCACAACUUUGAGACUUGGCAAGCAGAUUUUAGAGGCCAUUGAAAGCAUCCACUCUGUAGGCUUCCUGCACCGAGACAUUAAACCUUCUAAUUUUGCGAUGGGAAGACUAGCCAGUACCUGCAGAUGCUGCUAUAUGCUUGAUUUCGGCUUGGCCCGUCAGUUUACCAACUCCAGCCAGGAAGUCCGUCCACCUCGUCCUGUGGCAGGCUUUAGAGGAACUGUGCGAUAUGCUUCAAUCAAUGCUCAUAAGAAUAAGGAAAUGGGUCGUCACGACGACUUGUGGUCCCUCUUUUACAUGCUAGUUGAAUUCAUGGUUGGUCAGCUGCCCUGGAGGAAAAUCAAAGACAAAGAACAAGUAGGAAAUCUGAAAGAGACAUAUGACCAUCGACUCAUGCUUAAGCACCUUCCCUCAGAGUUUACUGCUUUUCUGGAUCACAUCUUGACCUUGGACUACUUCACGAAGCCAGACUAUCAGCUCCUGAUGUCAAUAUUUGAAAAUGCUAUGAAGAGCAACAACGUGCUGGAGAAUGACCCGUAUGACUGGGAGAAAUGUGAUUCGGAGGAUAUGCUGACCAUCACUGCCACAACAACCACUGCUCAGCAGCUCACUCGCCUCACACCGGCGUACUUGGGCAUGGCCAAUGCUUCAGUGUUGCCAGGCGAGCUGCAGAAGGAGAACACUGAGGAUGUCCUGCAAGGGGAGCGCCUCAGCGAUGCUGACAACUGCCCCCCCAUCCCCACACCCACCACCGCUGGUGGAGAUGUAUGGGAAGAGAUGGACCGCAACCGAAACCAUAAACAUGUCCAGCCUAUGAUCAGGAAGGUGGUGAGUGAAGAUGAACACAGUCAGAACCAGGGGAACCAGAGCCCCAACACCGGCUCCAUGCAGAGUUCUCCUAGACGGGUGCGAUCAGAGACGAUGUUCCUGGAGCGUGCUGCGCCACUCCUCCGGAGGAUGAGACACAGUCAGAGCUUAGCGUUUGAAAAGAGGCUUGCACCCGAACCCAAGCCCACCAUUGAACGCUUCCUUGAGGCCUACUUGGGCAAACAGCGGUCUGUCCUUUCUCAAGUCGGGGAGAAAUCCAUUCCUGAGAGGGUACACGGGCAGCAGUCUUCCUGCAACGAGGAACACUCUGGCACAGCAACCCCUGACCAAGAAGAGGGCGCCGCAAGUAGUGGCUUUGUGGCCGUGAACCUCAGUCCUGUGCCCCAAGAGGGAGACUCUCAGGAGUGGGUGAUGCUGGAGCUAGAGCAAGGCAGCGGUUCUGGAGCCACCAAGCCAUCAGGUGAGGCCCUGCAUGUGGACAAGCCUGGGACACACACGCCUGCUGAGACUGAAAACCAGUCCUCCGAGCCACAGGAAGGCCAGUCCAUAGUGGUGCCGAGCAGUCCUGUUCUGUCACAGAUGUCCAUGCCCGGCACGUGGCUACUGGGCUACAGGAGACUGCCGGGGAUGCUGGGACAAAUGCCCUCUGUGAUUAUGGGAAGACCCCAGAUGGACCAGUCCUCUAGCUGUACCCUACAGUCCCCUGUACAGGAGAGGAGCAAUGCAAUACCACUCGAGGCACCAUCUGAUAAAUCUGAACAACUCCCAGAGGAAAUCUUAAAAGAUGGAGGGAGGUUGGACUUAGCUCCAGUGCCGAGCUCAGCCAAAGGCUACACAGUUCAUCUGACAAACGACAGAGACCCAGAGAGUGAUUCUGGUCUGCCUGAUCGCUCCUCAGAGCCGAAUCAGCAGCCUCAAGCUGACACAGCAGGAGGUGCUCAGGAGAGCACCGUCACCGUCUCCUCCUCUCCACCCCCAGCUCUGCUCAGGAGAAGAGACUCUCCCUCAUCCCCAAGAUUGAGUCGAAUCCCAGUACGAGACCCAACCAACCCCCUGGACUCUCCAAGCAGGGACCUCCACAUGGAGAGGCGUCACCGCUGGAGCAGUCCGGUCCCCGGCUCCCCUACCCACUCACCCUCUCCAUCUCUGUCCUGUGACAACCUGCCUUGCGCUUUGCUGAGAGACCGGCUCCUCUCAGAGCGAGGCUCCAGGUCUGACUGUGUAGGAGAAGACCCUCUCUCUCUGUCCUCCUCAUCAGGUAGUAAAAGUAAGAUCCCACGUCCUGUGAGCGCCACCGUUGUACCCGAGCUACUCUCUAGCAGGUUUCUGCCUCGACCACCACCUGGGAAACCACCCAUCCGCCCGUGUGUGGACAACAGAAGACGGCGGUUAAGAGUGCGUGCCAGCAGCACUAGUGAUGCAGACUUUCUGGCCAGUCUGACUCAGCUGAUGCAGGACCGAAGCGGGAUGCUCUUCAGCCCUCCUCCUCGCCCUCGAAGCUCCUCCUCCUUGCAGCGCUCACUUAGCUCCUCCCCCUCCCGCCAUGAGCUCCGGGAAGUCGGGGCUCUGCAGGGACGUAGCCGCUCUCCAUCCAGCUUCUCCGGCUCCCCUCCUCCUCGGCAUGCUCACCCACAUGACAGGUCCACAGUGCCGGGUCAGUGGGGCCCCAGCUCCAGGGGAAGUGGUCUGAUCCACGAGGGCAAAGGCUCCGGCAAAGUGAGUCGAUGACUGUAUUAGGCACACAAGUGACUGAUCCGGAUGUAGCGGGAGAUUGUUUCACAUUCAGUCGCUGAUAGCAUGUGUAAAUAUGGUAUUUACUCAAGGGAAUGUAAUGUAUGUAAUGUAAAAUGUAUAAAUUGUAUUUAUUUAUUUAUUCAUUUGUUGGAUGUGUCUCUCAAAAUACUUGACAAUGUGGCUUGAAACUAAAAGGGUUGAGAAAACCUGAAGAUUGCCAACUCUUACCUCUCAUUUCACUACUCUCUUAAAUCUCCAUAAAGGCCUAAUAUGAGACCAAAAAGAUAAUGUUUAAUACUCGAGGGAUGUACAAAUUAUGCUUAUUGUAGAUAUGUACCAUGAGGAGAAUAUUGAACACUAAUAGAAACCAUGUACUCACAUUUAAGAACACUUGACAGUAAAUAACACAAGCAGUAUACACACAUCGACAUUCAUGUACAGAACCAGGGCAUGUUGCCCCAUGUUGACCUCACUCCUGUAAAACAUUUAGAUGAAUUAUUGUAUGUGACAAUGAAAUUGCUCAUUUGGCACAUCACAGUGUAGUAAUGUGAUUUUACUUUGCUAGAAAAAUAUUUGUCAUGCAAAAGGCAUCCGCAUAUUAGAAUGUACAUGUACGUGCACUCAUACUUAAGUAUUGUAAAAGUGCAUGGGUAUCAUUGCAAAUUAUUUUAUUUUUUAUUCAUUUGUACAAUCCGCUAAGACAUUGUAUUUUUAUUGAACUGCUUCUGAACAAAAUACAUCAUAAUGUAGACCAGCAUCGAUGUGCAAUUUUAUUUCUUACAUCAAGUAAAUGGUAAGGGAAGAAAACUGACAAAAGUGGAACCUGUUCAUGUCUGAUUGUUGCAUUUGAUUUUAUCACGGUUCAAAAAUAUAUAUUAAAAUAAGUAGAUUCAAUAAAUGCCAGAUCUCAAAAAAAUAUUUAUUCAAGGUUACACCAUAGACUGUUUACGUUGUGAAUAAAGGAUCAGUGCAACUAAAGUUUCUCAGUACUUCAAACCUGGAGUGUAAUGAUGUCUGUCGCUGAGAUUUCGGUCACUACGUUGAUACAAUUGAAUGGAAUUUGUUUUGUGGCGCAGCAAUGGAAACGGUGCCCCAAUUAGUCUGGAUAAUCCACAGAACUAGUUUUCACAGAAGAAAUGGUCCCACGCUUUACAGCACUGAUCAUCGGUGAUCAGAUAAAUGGGGAAAGCCAGACAGACAUUUAAAUCUUGACUGAACAUGCUCAAAUGAUAACAAUGUUUUUUGCUCAAGUUGAACUCAAGUCACAUCCACUCAGACUGCAACAUGUCCCCCCC